AUGGUCCACCUCACCUCCCUCCUCCUGGCCACCGCCACCGUCGUCGGCAGCGUCGUCUCUGCCGCGCCCACGUCCGAGCCCAACCCCUUCCAAGGCAAGGACCGCCACGUCGUCCAGAGCUACGGCAAGAAGCUCGACCAGACCAUCGCCGCCUUUGAGGCCAGGAACGACACGCUCAACGCCGCCCGCACCCGCACCGUGCAGCAGAAAAUCUCCACCUUCACAUGGGUCACUUCUCGCGCCCACCUGUCCAACAUCACAACCACCAUUGCCGAAGCGCGCGCGCAGAAGAAGAAGGGCAAUGACAUGAUCGUCGGCCUCGUGCUCUACAACCUGCCCGACCGCGACUGCUCGGCCGGCGAGUCCGCGGGCGAACUGGCCCUCGACAACGACGGCUUCCGACUCUACAAAUCCCAGUUCGUAGACAAGUAUGCCAAGCUCGUCAAGGAAGCAAAGGACCUGACCUUUGCCAUCGUCCUCGAACCCGACUCCCUCGGCAACGCAGUCACCAACCAGGCCAUCGCGGCCUGCGCAAAGGCCACGCCCUUCUACGAGCAGGGCAUCGCGUACGCCAUCGCCAAGCUGCAGGCGCCCAAUCUGCACCUGUACGUCGACGCCGCGCACGGCGGGUGGCUGGGAUGGGCCGACAACCUGGCGCCGACGGCGGCCGUGUUCGCCAAAGUCGUCGCGCUGGCGCAGAAGAUCACCUCCAAGGCCAAGAUCCGCGGCUUCGCGACAAACGUGAGCAACUACAACGCCUUCAACGCCCGCGUGCGUGAGAACUACACCGAGUACUCGCCCUCGUGGGACGAGUCUCACUAUGCGUCUGCGCUUGCGCCGUACCUCGAGGCCCAAGGGCUGCCGAGCAAGUUCAUCGUGGACCAGGGCCGUGUUGCGCUGCUCGGUGCGCGAGAGGAGUGGGGCGAGUGGUGCAAUAUCGCGCCCAGUGGGUUUGGGCCGUUGCCGACGACCAAGACGAACAACACGCUCGUGGAUAGUCUGGUGUGGAUCAAGCCCGGUGGCGAGAGCGAUGGGCGCUGUGGCCUGGACGGUGCGCCUGCUGCUGGUGCGUGGUUCGACGAGUAUGUGCAGAUGCUGGUUCAGAACGCGGACCCGCCGCUGCAGCCGACGUACAAGAAGGCGUAG